GAGAGAGAGAGAGAGAGAGAGAGAGAAAGAGGGUCUCCGAGUAAUGUAUACUGGCGUGCAUGGGAUGGAGGCGGCGGCUGCCAACGGCAACGCCGUCGCGCCGUUCGUCAUGAAGACCUACCAGAUGGUCAGCGACCCGACGACGGACGGCCUCAUCUCCUGGGGCAAGGCCAACAACAGCUUCAUCGUUGUCGACCCCCUCGACUUCUCCCAGCGCCUCUUGCCCGCCUACUUCAAGCACAACAACUUCUCCAGCUUCGUCCGCCAACUCAACACCUAUGGUUUCAGGAAGGUCGAUCCGGACCGAUGGGAGUUCGCGAACCAGUGGUUCCUCCGCGGCCAGAGGCAUCUGCUGAGGAACAUCGUGCGGAGGAAGCACAACAAGGGGGCCUGCUCGCAGCCCAAGGGUGGCGACGCCGACAUGGACGAAGAGGAGCUCGUUGGCGAGAUAGCGAGGCUGAGGCAAGAGCAGAGAGCCCUGGAGGAGGAGGUUCAAGGCAUGAGCAAGCGCUUGGAGGCCACGGAGCGGCGCCCUCAGCAGAUGAUGGCCUUCCUCUACAAGGUCAUCGAAGACCCGGAGCUGCUCCCUCGGAUGAUGGUGGAGCGGGACAGGAGCAAGCGAUUGGCGUUGGCGAGCGGCGAGAAGAGGCGGCGUCUCAUGAUCUCGUCCUCCACGAUGUCGUCGUCCUCGUCGUCGAGCAUGGGGGUCUCGAGCUCCAUCAAGAGCGAGGACGACGACGAGGGCGCCAACUUCGGGGUCAUCUCCUCGCCCGAGGUCGAGGAGAAUCUGGACAUCGGCCGUUUUUCCGACUUCGCCGCCGUGCUUCCGGCUUCGUCGCCUUCGGCUUGGGUCGAUGGUGGGAUCGGCAGGCAUAUGGCCCUCUCGCCGCCCUACGACGACGCGAGUGGAUACGGUGGGAUGGCGAACAAUCAAUUCGGGUACUUUGCGGAAAUGGCGCUGGCCGGAGGAGAGGCCGGCCCGCCGACGCCGCCUUAUCCGUUUUCCCUUUUGGGUGGUGGCUUUUAGUUGCCUUGUCGCGAAAAUCGUAUUUUCAUCUCAUCCCUUGUAUUAAUUUCCUUCUAUUUUAUUUCCAUUUCCCCUUUUUGGUUAAUAAUUUCCCUCUUGUAAACACCC